CUCAAAAUUUUAGGGUCGAAACUUGACUUGCGUAGAGUACUUACGUACUGUAACAACAAGACAACAAGUGCAGUUACGUUGUUCAUUACAGUUUACGGUACAUAGUACAGUCGUCAACAUGGCGGAGAAAAGGAAAGGCAGGAAACGUCGUGAAGAGGAUGAUUUACUUCCCAAAAAAGAGGUGAAAGAGAAACCGUUGAAAACAGAAUAUGAGGUAGCAAAGUGGCUCAGGAGUAAUCUGCAAACCAAGAAGACGAAGUUUCUCAACCACAAUGUUGAAUACUUCACGGGGUCAAAGGCAGUGGAUGCCCUUCUUGAGUCCAAUUUUGCCAAAACGGUGAAAGGGAAACCUCCUCUCUUCUCCAAGAGGGAAGAAGUUGUUUGGUUUCUGAAUGACAUGCUGAGGCACAAUUUCUUUCAUCGUGCAAAGAAGAUCCCAGUCUCCGAACAGGAGUUGAAAGCAAAGCUUUCUAAAAAGAAGGAGAAGAAGGUUGAGGAUGACAAGAAAAAAGAAGAAGAAAAUGCCGAAAGUAGCCAAGCAGAAGGAAAGAAGCCAGAGUCGGAGACGGAACAGCAGCAGAAAAAGAAGUACAAGAUUCGUUUGGACAUGCAUUACGAACAAGUCUUUAAGGACAACCUAGACGCGUAUGUUUGGAUUUAUGAACACAAACCCUUGUAUUACUGGAUUUGUGGAGCUUUGAUUGUUCUAGGAACUAUUGGUAUCUGUCUCUUCCCUCUGUGGCCACUGUCGUUCAGAUUGUGUGUGCAAUAUUUAAGUAUAGCUGCAGCUGGUUUCUUAGUAUUGAUUAUACUUCUGACACUAUUCCGAUUAGUAAUCUUCAGCAUUCUUUGGCUUCUAACUGUGGGUCGCCUCCAGUUCUGGUUGUUCCCCAAUUUAACAGAAGAUGUUGGGUUCUUCGCUUCUUUCUGGCCGAUUUACCAGUAUACUCUUGUGCCGAAGGCUGGUGACAAAGCCAAGAAAAAAGAAAAAGAGAAGAAUUCAGAUGAUGAAAGGGAUUCGGACAAAAAUGAAUCAAGUAAAGAAAAAGAUAAUGAAAAUAGUGAAAGUGAAAGUGAAGAUAAAAGCCAAGAAAAGCAAGAUGGCUCCGAGACUGAAUCAGAGUCAAGCAGCCAGCAGUCGCAGACUGGAAAAGAUUUUGAGAUUGUGGAUAAAGAAGAUGCCGAGGACGAUAAAAAGAGCUCCUAAUACUUAAAGACAGACUUGUUGUGAAUGUUCGUGUGGUGUUCGCAUCUUCGUGUUUUCACCGGCAUGAUAUGAUAAAAGAUUCUCGGACACCGCAGCCUUUUCAUACUGCUCUAUUGUCUGCUUUUAUGCAUUGAUGUAUUUUUUUGCAAACUGGACAAAAAAUUUCUCUCACCUAGACUUUAUUCAGAAAAGGUUUUUUUAAUUUUCUUUUUUAAUUUUUCAUCAAAUACAGUUAAUGCUUGAGGCAUACGCUACAGCACAGGGUCAAGACUUACCUGUUGUUAGCUGGAACUUCAUUGAAGUUUCUCUUGUAUUUCCUUCAACAUGCAUGCCCUUAAUGAUUAAUUUUGAUUUAUCAGCACAGCAAAGUUUAAUUUCAUUACCAAGAAUGGCAUUUCCAGUUCAAUAGCAUUUAGUAUCUUAUGGACAAAAAUCAAAGGGUUUUCAGGAUACCUCUAAAAGUGCAGAAAUGAUGACAGGACUGCAAAUAUCUCUCAAGUCUUGUAAGGUUUUUUUUUUUAUUUUCUUAAGAAGUAUGACUUUUUAGACUUUUACGGUUUCGAAUCAAAUUCACAAGCCGUGCCAAUUUGUUGAUAGCACUCCAUUUUUUUAAUAUGAGCCUCAAGUACAAGAUUUCACAUGUCGUAAAAUAUGCCUGUGCAAAAAAUUUACUUAAAUUGAAAUUUAAUGCAACUUCUCCUUUUCAUGGAUGGAAAGAGAUUUUUUCAACUAAAGGAGAGGUAGUUUUUCUUAAAGACCUACUAAAAUGUCAUGAUGCAUGAGUUACAAAUUCAUGGGUCCAAGAUUUUAGGAUGGAUAGGAAGACUAUCUAAUAAACCUUUUCAACUUUAAUUUGAGUUACUGUGUUACAUAUUGGAUUGUAAAAAGUUACUACCCAAAUGACCUGGUUACAAGAUUUAAAAAAUUUGUGUCUGCGUUCCUUUGCUCUGCAUUCCUUCAAUUGCUUUAUAUGAUUGAAUAUUGGGUCAUUUAUAAAUCAAUACCAUUUGAAAUUUCUAGCUUAUUUUUGGAUAGCCGGUGAAACGAUAAAUUCCGGAAGCUAUACCAACAUUUCCUUACAUUAUACUAUCCUUGAGUAGCUAGUGUCCAUACAACUAAGCUUGAAGUCUUAUUUUUCUAAUUCCAUUACUGUGGAGUUGAGGAUCUAGAUUAAUUUUAAAGAAAAUUUAAAAAAUGGUGAGACGACUCAUAGAUUGUGGAAUCUGAAGGUUCUAUCAACUGGAUUAAGCUUAAGCUCUCCUCCCUCUCCCCCCCCCCUCGCCUAGGAAAAAAAAUAUAAUGAUAAAAAGACAACAACUUAAAGUGAUUUGAUUAUGAUGGUUUGACAAUUUUCCCUUCUUCUCUAAUGAUUGAUCCAAGAAAAAUGACACAAAACCUCCAAUCUAUUCCAGUGUUAAAUUCAUUACAUGAAUGCAUACAUCUGGCACAUGCCGUAAGUAAUCAAAGUUCUCAUUUUAAGAGUACUCUUCUAAAGGCUUUUGGUCACUUUUUCUCUUUUUUUCUUGGAACAUGUCUCUCUUUUCAGUUCAUGAAAGAAUAGAAACAUUUUGUAGCCAUUCAUCCUCUUCAAUCGAAUAGAUUUGAACAAAGUCUCGCCAUUUCGUCACCAUUGUGUGACCUCUUUCAUAAAGAUCAGUGUUGUUGAAAUCUUCUCCUGCUGUCCUUUUAUCUAAGCAAAGAACAGAGAUAAUGAUUGAUCAGAAGGAUUGUAUCUCAUUCCGAUCGUGCAUCUCUUUCUCCUCUUUGAUAUUUUUCACGACUAAGUAUUCUAGCUGUUUAACUUUAAAAUAAGUCUGGAAAUAUUGGUGAUAAAGAUAAAAAAACUUAAAUUUGGACAAUACUUUUUUUGAUGUCCGUACAGACUCAAGCAACGAGUACCCUGGAAGUCUUCCGCAAUGAUCUCGAAGGUUUCUCAGUCAGAUACACUUUUGGGAAAAUUUGACCCAUUAAAAUUUUCUCUUUGUGAUGGCCAACUAGGAAAUUUAUUCUUCGUGGCACCAUAUUAUUUAUGUUUUAAAGUUUUUUCUGUAGUUGUGUUGAAUUCCCUGUUAAUCAACAGUUUUAAGAUUUUAAUCAAGUAUUGUAUUUAUUUUUACUGUUUUAUUUAAUCUUUACUUAUUUCAGUCAAGUCAUCAAUUCAAUGUAUGUAUUUAAAUAUUUAUAAUAAAUUAUCCUAGAACAAUUUUA